UGUGGAUGUGUGGGAUUGAAUCAGGGCGAACUGGGCUCUGCCACUGUCAUAGAGAACAGCACAGAACACUCAUACAAUAGCGAAAAAAUGGCUACUGAGUCGAUAUCAGCCUGCACCGGAUCCAACUUACUACAGCCAAUAAGCGAGAUGACCAACCUUCCGUUAGACCAGGUGAAUUUUGUAGUAUGUCAGCUCUGCGCCCUGCUCACGGCUGUGUGGUUCAGACUGUAUCUGCACCCCAGCAAGACGAGUCCUUUUGUGCGCCAUGUGGUUGCCACGUUGCUGGGCAUCUACUUUGCCCUAUUUUGCUUUGGCUGGUAUGCUCUUCAUUUCCUGUUGCAAAGUGGCAUUACAUACGGCAUUAUGAUUCUGACUGGAGUUGAGCACAUGCACAAAUACUGUUUGGUGGUCGCCCUGGGUUAUCUCAGCUUCUGCCAAAUCACUCGGGUUUACGUCUUCGAUUACGGAAUGUACUCUGCUGAUUUUACGGGGCCAAUGAUGGUCAUCACACAGAAAAUAACCAGUGUGGCUUUUGAGAUCCAUGAUGGAAUGGCGAGGAAGGUAGAACAGCUCAACCAGGGUCAAAAACUGUUGGCUAUAAGACGGAUGCCCAGUUUAUUGGAGUACUUCAGUUAUAAUUGUAAUUUCAUGGGCAUUUUGGCUGGUCCCACCUGCUCUUAUAAUGAUUACAUUGCAUUCAUCGAGGGCACGCCGUAUCGCCACAGAGACCUCGAGCCUAAAGGAAAAGUCAAUGGGAAGAGCAGACUGAAUGACCCUUCACCAAAUACAGAGGUGAUCCGAAAGCUGUCCACCUGCUUCAUCUCUCUGCUGGUUUUCCUCUCCGUUUGCAAGGUGUUUCCCGUGGAGCGUAACGUCGAUGAUGAUUUUAUUGCCACCUCACCCUUCUAUGUUCAGGUGGUCUACCUGUAUUUGUCCAUGCUGACCACCCGGCCUAAAUACUACUUUGUUUGGACUCUGGCUGAUGCCAUCAACAAUGCUGCAGGAUUUGGCUUUAAUGGCUAUGACAGUGAUGGUUCACCUCGGUGGGAUCUCCUUUCCAACAUCAGAAUUCUGAAUAUAGAGCUUGCCACCAGCUUUAAGGUUUUCUUGGAUAACUGGAACAUCCAAACAGCACAUUGGCUUAAAAGGGUGUGUUAUGAACGCUGUCCUUACAAUCCCACUGCUGCCACCUUCCUGCUGUCAGCCAUGUGGCAUGGGGCUUAUCCAGGCUACUACCUCACCUUCCUCACGGGCAUCGUCAUCACUCUCGCAGCCAGAGCCGUGAGGCACAAUGUAAGACCACAUUUCUUGGGUUCCCCAAGUCACAAAUUUGUGUAUGACGUCAUCACAUGGGCAGCUACACAGAUCGCCAUUUGUUACACAGUAGUUCCCUUUGUGCUGCUUUCUGUGGGCCCCUCGCUCAAGUUCUACAGGUCAUGGUACUUCUGCCUCCACAUAGGCUGUAUACUGCUGGCCAUCGCUCUGCCGGUCAAACCACGGCAUCUACGGCUGAAGGAGCAGCUAUCCGCCGCACAGCCAAGCCUGGAGAGCACAGACAGCAACCAGAAACAAAAAGCCACAUGAGUCCUGGAACAACUUACCAAACGUCUUUACACUCACAGACUGGGCAAAUGUACCUAUUCUCCAGCCACACUUGAAGAGAGUCAGAUCAACUAAAGCUCACAAAUAAACCAACCAACCAGCGUCUGCCUGGACUGAUAGAGUAACGUCAUCCCUUGGCUCAUGUAGUGGUAAUGGGAUUCGACAGUGAUUCAAAAUGUUGGAAUCAAAUCUGACUGGUAUACGAAGAGUUUUAUUGCCAAGAAAACACUGUUGUAUAGAUUAAUGUGACCUUCCCUUUGUAAUCCAACUUGUCACAGCAAGUUUUAGUGUCCUAACCUGGUGGUGUUGGGCUGUAAAUAGGAUUUUCUUGCAAAAUGACAAGCAGAAAGCUGGAAAUGGUAUAUUUGAAAACAGACGAGUUUUCAUGUGCUAGGGGUAAAAAUAAAUACGACUAAAUAAACUAACAGGGAACAUAAUAACACUGAAAUUAUUGGAUUAUUGGAACGGAGGGAGAUGUGUGCAAAGUUUAAAUGUCCUCAAAAAUUUAAGACAAGUUUUUGAUUGAUGAUUUUAUGGUGGCACCAUUAAAACAAACCGGGCUCUUGUUUUUUUUUUUCAUGUUAUGUUUGUUAUGGUCUGUCGUAACGUCUUGUCCAUGUAGUCUUCACUUAAGUCGUCUGAAAGUUACACAUAAUACAUUCCACUCUAAAGACCAGAGAUUCUUUUCUCAUUAUUGAAAGUAUUUCUCAGCCUAAUCCCAUCUAAACUGGGAAUUUCAGAAAGUAUUGGAAUGUUAAAGUAAUUCCCAGCAAAAUAAUUAAAAAAAGGAAAGUACUGUUAAUUGCAUGACCUGAGAGUCAGGCAGACAGUGCUUCUGAAUGCACUGUAAUGCACAUUUUGUAUGGUGUUAGUCAGCUUCAAGGUUUGGCCUGCUUAAGGUUGGAAAAAAGGCUGAUGUUUGUGUUGUAGACGAUGUCCACUGGAUUUGUUUGAACCAUAUAUGUUCUCUGUGUGGAUCUGGAACGAUGUUUUUUUUUUUUCUUUUGCAAAUUAUGUGAUUAAAAGAGGUCUUUUUACUACUA